AUGGCCUCCGCCUCCUCGUCGUUCCCGCGCCGCCCCGCGCCGGAUCCGGCGAGAUCCGGCCGGAGGAGGUCUCCCCCGCCCCGGAUCCGCCUCCCCGCGCCUUCCUCGUCUGCUCCGGCGAGCUCUCCGGCGAGAUCCGCCGCCACCUCUCCUGUGCAUUGUUGCCAUGUAUUGCCGGGCCUGAGCGACCGCGUCCCCGCCGCCCGCGCUCGGCCUCCCGCGCGUCCGCCGCCCGCCGGCGACCGCCCCGCCACCUUCACCCGCGCCGGCCCCCCGUCGCCCUGCCAGCCGUCGCGCGCCGCCGCCCGAUGCCAGCCUCUCCCUCACCGGACCCCGCCUCCGCCGGCCUCCGCGUCCACCGCCGCCGCUCCUCGCCGGUGGCUCCGGCCAGAUCCGGGCCGGCGCCGCCCGGAUCCGGCACCGCCGCCCCGUCUCCGGCCCUCCCUCGUCCUCUCCGGCGCCGUCUCCGGCGAGCCGCCGCCUGUCUCGGUUCGCGCGCCCGAACCCUAG